AUGGGAAAUGAUUGGUUCUUACAAUGGUUUAGUUGUUUGGCUGAGACAAGCGAUUUUAGCAUUCUUAACCCUGUUUUUGUAUGUAAUCCAAUCACAAAAGAAUGUGUGAGAUUCAUCAAGGACAAAGAGGAGAAGGAGGAUAGAAAGAUUUUGGAAAUAUUAUCUGGAUUUGGGUAUUGUCGUUUGAAGAAUGAGUAUAAAGUUGUUAGAAUUCGAUACUAUGGCGAUGAGAUGAUUGCUGCACAAGGUGGAUAUGUUGCUGGACAUCUACAGGUUUACACUCUUGGCAGUGGUGGUGGAUGGAGAGACAAAGGAGAAACUCAUCAUUCGUUUAUUCGAGGAUCAAGGAGUGUUUAUUUGAAUGGAGUUUGUUUCUGGUUAGAUUCGACAGGGAUGAUUGUAGCUUUUGAUUUCGCAAGUGCGGAGUUCCAGUUGAUUUCACCACCACCUUCUAUGGAUGAAUAUAACAAUGUUUACAGCAAUAAACUUUGCACGCUGGGGGGAUGUCUGUGCAUUUUUCAACAACCAUUGAGUAUUACUGGUAUUCCAGGUAUAUGGGUGCUAAGGAAGAAUGAAGUGAAAGGGAAAGAAGACAUUUGGGUGAAAGAGUGUCCGCUUCCAUCAAUUGUCAGUUGGGAGUUGUAUAGAAAGAAUACAAGGACUGCGAUGCCGUUUGCCCUUACUAAAAGGGGUGAAAUUUUAUUCAAGUUCUAUUCUGGGAAGACAAUCGCUUCUUAUGACCUGAAAAGUGCAACUCCAAGAAACAAUUGGAUGCUUGAUAAGGUUUGGAACCGUUUUGAAGCGAUUCCACAUGUGAACACCUUUGUUUCUCUGAAAGCACUUGGGGAAGAAGUGACGAAGCUGGCACCAAUAAAUAGAUUCUGA